AUGGCUACCCGAACCGCCGCACAGGAAGAGUUUGACUCGAUUGUCUCGAAGGCAUCUUCAUCCUCCCGUCUGAAUCAUCAUCCGUCAGACACACACGACUAUAGACACGACAGACCAACUGGCGAGCAGGACGAAGAGACAGAGUACGUGCAGAAGAGGGUAGACGAGAAUAUGCGGAUGCCUAGUUUGGACCCGAGGGGAGGCUUGUUCCAUCUGCCGCAUAGGGAUUUUGAUAGUGGGAGGACGACGGGCGUGAAGGGUGUUAUUGCUGAUGCGAGGAGUUACGAGGAGGCUAGACGGACGGGGAGCUACAGAGGAUCAAGGACGAAUAGUAAUACGAGGAAUGAUAAGAGGGCGAGCACUGCAACAUUCUUGAAUGAUGAUGGAGAGGGGAGCGCGAGUGAGGAGGAGGAAUUCAUCGAACGGUGGAGACAGCAACGGAGACAGGAAUUGUCAACUAUUGGCAGCGAUAUCCGGAAUCGAAGGACUAGUCCGAGUAUCAGGAGAUACGGACGCUUUGAUGAAGUUGAUGCGCUGGGCUACUUGGACGCCAUUGAGAAAGUCACAAGAGACACAAUCGUCGUUGUCUUUGUCUACGACCACGAGUGCCCCGUCUCCCAAAUCAUUUCAGACGCCCUCUCCCCUCUCGUCCCAACCCACCCAGCAAUCCACUUCGUCCGCGUCCACUACGCCGACAUCGAAUUCGACAACGCCGGUGUGCCCGCCAUCCUAGCGUACAAGAACCAAGGCGACCUCUUCGCAAACCUCACCUACAUUAUUGACCAAAUCCCAGACGAUACCCUAUUCGAUACCCGCGCCCUAGAGAGCAUUUUACGGAAACACAAGAUCCUAUAA